ACUGAUGACACACUGACGUUUCCAGCCGGAUACAAACUCUGUGGCACCGCUUAGCUAACCACAGCAAUUAAACUUCAGUCUUGAUCCAACUCUGUCCGUCUGGACCUCAUAGGCCGCCCGGAACCGGCAGCAUGCAGGCGGAGUUCCGGCCACCCCGGAGGAGAACCCGGGUUUAUGAGGACUACGAGGCUCCACUACCGUUAAUCCGGAACCAGCAGGAGAGGAAGCAUUACCGAGGAGAGCUGAUCCACCAGCAGGUUCUGGUCUGCCAUCCAGACCACAUCCAGAGCAUCUACAACCAGGGUUAUUUUGGAAAAGGAGUUCUGUCCAGAGCCCGACCGAACCACAGCAUCUCUGAUCAAUGGGAGCAACACAAAGGAUUGCUUCUACCUGUUGUCUCUCAGUCCAGGUAUGUAGAGCUGCUCAGGUGGGCGGAGGCGGAUCUUUCCUCUCAGGGAUUGGAUGAAGAGGCUGUCAGUCAGACGCUGCUCGCUCUGACUGAGACAGUGGAGGAUGUGAGGAGGGAGGAGGGAGGAGGAGAGGAGGCGGAGAAGGUGAAUGGACCUAAAGAAGAGGUGCCAGGGGGAGGAGCCUGUGUCCAAAUGAAGAGGCCGGGGGCGGAGUCAGAAGCACAGCCAGAGGCUAAGAGAAGUUGCAGGCCCGCCCCACAGAACCUGAACCUUGAGUCUGGCUCAGAACUGGCCUCUGAUUCCAGCUCAGACUCUGGCCCUGAUCCAGCCUCUGACUCUGAUCCUGGUUCUGGUCUUCUUGUUCCAAGUCCUGGUUAUGUUCUGGUGGAUUCUGGGAGUCAGGAAGGAGGCGGAGUCAAGGAGGUGAGGCGGAGUCCUCUGGCUCUCACAGAGUACCUGCAGCUCAGCCUGGAGGAGGCCUUCUUCCUCGUCUACAGCCUCGGCGUCCUGUCUGUCUACCUGCAGCAGGAGCCCCUGUCUGUCGUUGAGGUGUGGAGGAAGUUCCGUUCGCUCCGUCCCAACUUUAUCAGCUCGUAUUGUGCAUACCAUCACUUCCGCAGCAAGGGGUGGGUCCCUAAAGGAGGAGGCGGGGCCAAGUACGGCGUUGAUCUCAUGCUCUACAGGAAGGGACCGCCUUUCUACCACGCCAGUUAUUCGGUGGUUGUGGAGAGGACUGAUGAAACAUUGGGGGGCGCAGCACUGCGUCCAUUUUCCUGGCGUUCUUUGGCGACUCUCAGCAGGAUCACAGCCAGUGUCUCCAAGGAGCUGAUGUUGUGUUACAUCAUCUACCCAGCUGACCAGUCAGAGAAUGACCUGGAUUCACCUGUGUGCCUGAGCAGACUGAAGGUCCAGGAACUGAUUGUCAGCAGGUGGGUUUCCUCCCAAGAGCGAGCAGAGCAGGAUGACAUCUGAUUGGCUGACAGGAGAGGCAGUUUGGUCUUUGGUUCGUUGGAUGAAGAAAAUGUGUUUCUGAGGACAAGAGUAGAGUGUGCAAAGGAGCUAUUUCAUGUAAAGGUGAUGGGGAUGAUUCAGCAGAGGUCAGCAUCAGAACUCUUCCUGAUCUUCAUGUCGGUGUGUUUGAAUAUGCCUCCUCUGAAGGUAACGCCUUCUAAAAACCCUCCUGAUGAUCACACCGCCAUCAACCUGAGAACUUGUACCCAAACCAGGACCACAUCCAUAUAUGUUCUAUUCUCACAGAACCUGUGUUCAGGAAUCCAACUGGAGGAAAUCAGUUCUCACCUGGUGGUUUCUUCAACAAAACACAUAAUGUUCUGUUUCCUCAAUAAACCUCUGGAUGCCUCAGCUGUGUAGCUGUCUGUACAUGUGGUUACCAUGGUUACAGCUGGUACUCUGUCAGUAAAAGGUUCAAGUUCAUUAUAAAAAUGUUUAACAUGUCUCAUCAUCUCUAAAAAGGAAUAAAACCAGUUCAGCUUCA